AUGCCGCACGUGUACUUCUCAAAAGUGUGCGCGAGUUACGUCUCCGAGCGCUCAUGGUACGAUAGCUACUCACGACUCAGUUCGUUCAACUGCAUUUGUUCGGAUACCGCGCCAAGUGCCUUCGGCGUGCGUUGUGAAUACAGAAAUAAAGUCAUUAUCCGUGAAAAUGCCCCACUGAACAUGUUCGUGUUGGGGCAUGUCGAAGAAAGAGACAGAUCCAAGGACUGGCAUAUGGAUUUCUACAAUCCUAAAAAUAAAUAUGUGUCAUGUAUAUGUACGUAUAAAUUGUAA